AUGGAAGACGCAAUAACGUUUAUCCAGAGUCCUAACGCGUCGCGUGUGAAGGACGAUACUGGGAUAGAAGCCAACGAUGACACAGUCACUCCUCUGCUCUCGCCAUUAAUUCUGAGGUCCUCGCAUUUACAGAUUCCUCCAAAAGAGUUCGUUAAUACAGUACAAAGCAUGAGCGUACAGCGGUGCCACAACCUGAUGUUUUUGUUGUGGGCUCUUAAUAGUCAGCCAGCAGAUGUUGAGUUGUCACUAGCCUUUAGUGAAUGCGAAGCGCCAUUUCAGCUAUUCAAAGAGUGCUUUGGAGCAAGCAAGGACCUAAAUUACGAAUCGUUCUUAAAAAUCAGGGGCUCCCAUACCAAAUCCUCGUUGUCCAGGAAAACGCCCAGUUAUGAAGUGGCAGUUUUCCCGCAGAUUUUGCAAAACACUAAGCUGGACCAGUUCAGGACUGACCGUCUGUUAUCCCAGUACACGCAGCAGUUUGCGCGCAUUUUGGAGUCGUACACAUUACGGGGCUACCCUCAUAAAUCGGCGUAUUUGAGCGCUAACAUGUCUAGACUUCUCCAAUGCUAUGUCAAUGAUACCAUAUAUGACAUUUUCUACAAGUGGCGACACUGGAACCGCAUAGUUGGCCACCAGGUGAGGUUUUCGCCCUUUUCUCAGCUGGUCGCCAAAUUUUGGGACGCUUACAUGGUCUUCCAAGUGGACGGGUCACUGCCGCAAUUUGCGACUAGAAUCAGUCAUAUUAGCCAUCAACCUGACUCUCCCGAUCGGAAUUUGAGAUCGAGGCAUACCAUUGCCGCAGGCGUUGCAAUCAAAUACGGGAUUUGGAUCGAUACCGUUAAUGGGGUUCUUCUCCUAUGCAACACGCUGACAACGGAACUUAUGGACGUGAUUCCGAGUCUAGGGUUAAACCUAACAGUGGACGACAGUGAGCAGAAUGUCAAAAAAUUAUUGCUAUUCGUCAAUUGUUGUUUGCUGGAGUGCAUUACACAAGAGCUCACCAAUGAUCCCUAA